GCGCCAGCGCUAGCGAUAACUGCGUACUCGCGCAGCUAACGGCACAACCGAUCAUAGUAUAAGAGAUAGGCCAUUCGAUUCAAUUGAAUCAGUAGAAAACAGUUCGUCUUGAAGACACCAAGCAAUUGACUCGCCUUUAGUUGAAACCAUAUUCUGAAUGUGCUUUACACAAAAUCACUCGUUACACUCAAAAUUUACUCAAAUUUUCAAACAAAACAUAAUUAACUGACCAAAAUAGAAUCUAAAAUGAAUUUUGGAAGUUCGACAAACGUUUUUUCGAUGUGUGUAAUGAAAAAAUGGUUGAUAGUUCUGGUGCUGUUGUUAUUUAUUGAUCCGAUUCCAUCGAUGUGGGCGCAGCCGGUGAAAGUGAAUGGCAGUGAAGACGGUGGAUUUGGAAUGCGAAAGUCGUGCGGUCGAGAAUUGGUAGCCAGAGUUGAUCGGAUAUGCCAAAGUCGAGGUGGUCAUAUGACAUACACUCGAGCUCGUAGGGUUCGCCGUGGCAUUGUCAACGAAUGUUGCAUGAAUAAAUGUGCCGACCAUCACAUCUACGCAUAUUGUUCGAAUGACAAACCGGAACGAAAACCAAGUGAUUCAGAUUCAUUGCUCAAAACACCAGUUGUGCCAAGAGAAUUCAUUCGUUUCAUUAGCUUCCAACCAAAUGCAGAAACCGUUACCAAUGCACCCGCUGGAACGGUCACCACCGAAGAUCCACGAUACCAUGACGUUUUUCUCAACGGAAACAUCGAUACGAAAACAUUGGAUGAAUUCCUAAGAACACUGUCACGCAACUCAAAUGACUAUGAAGUUAGAACUGUGCCACCCGAAUUCCAAAUGAACAACCGAUACAUUCCAUCGCGAGCUCGCAUCAUUUCAAAUUAUUAAACUGUCGAUCAUUUUAUUUGCUUCUUGCUUAAUUGCUGCCACCAUUCUUCUGCGUGAUUCAAUCGAACACAAUCAUCAUCGUUUUAAGGCUGUGCCGAACACAAUCAUCAUCGUUCAAAAAAAAUCAAAGAAUUGUGAUAUAAUAAUUAAGGUGAAAUAUUUUUUAUAUAAAACAUUUAUGUGACACAAAUUGAUUUAAAGAAAAAUUUCGUGAUAUUUAUUAAUAAGAAAUUUGAAGGAAAAAAAAUGAAGAAAAAAGUCACAUAAAUGAUGGACCAAUAUUGCCACGAAGAUCAAAAAAGUAAUAAUCUAGUCGCUCGCUCGUCCUGCGAAACAUUUCUCACAUUAAUUUUAUGUUUUCAUAUUUGCCAAAAGACAAUUCGGUAAAUAUUUCGAAAUGUCGAAGUAACAAAAAUCUCAACACUCGCCAAUUGCGCCUAUUUUAUUACAUAUUUAAUUGAUCACACGCUCACAUCUCAUAAUAAAUCGUCGAAUGUAUAGAUAUUAAGGCUCGAAAUCGUACUAAUUUAUGACAUUUUUUUAAGUAUGCUUGCAACAAAUGCUAAGAAAUAAAUAUAAAAAAC